AGAAAAACGGCUAAAAAAAUGCCAGUCCGAUCAGUUAAGAAAGAAAAUACUGGCAGAGAUGUGCAAUUACUCUUGCAGCGGGUAAAUACAAAGAUUAGUGACUUGUAACAGACCUCAAGUCACCGAAUAUGUCUUCACAAGUAAACCUUAUAGCCUGCAACGAUUCCAUGCAAGCCAAUCAGAUGAAAAAGGUUUAGCGUAUUUACCCCAAACAAGAUUUCUGAUGCGGUGUGUGCUAGGACACAAGCACAAGCUGAUGUGUGAAUGAAUCCAGAUAUCGACAUCUCCUCCUCGACGACGACGAACUACGAGGGCAUUGUAGAGCCACGUGCACCUGCGUCUUCUCCAUCUUCUUCAAUCUCUUUCUCCUGUUCAUCAAGAUGACCUCAAGUCAAUGCGAUCGCGCGGAGUCGAGCAUCUCAACCAUGUGUGGAGUCGGAGAAGCGGUCUGUCCCAGUGAUUCCCCGGCCGUUCAACAGCAAGCAGUCACUCGUCACAUAUCCACAGCGGAUGUCGAAUGUCUGCAGAAAUUGACUAUCAAAGGGGAGACGAAUAUCGCUCAGGAGUGCAAGGGAGACUGCAGCUCUUCAACCACCCGAUACGACGCAGCAGAACCUCCCCCUCCACAUACACCGAAGGAUCGUUCUCAGUCCGAUAACACUGAUUGGCUCCAACAGAAACUGCCGUUGUUGAAAAUCGACGGAUCGUCUUCGCCGGCGACCGAUGAUGCCACUGACAUACGAAUUGCUGCAGAGCAGUCUCUUGGAUGGAUAGGCAGAGUGAAGAGUAACAACACCGGCCGAAAGAUCGCGGCCUCUUUCUCUCGUAUGUGGCCAUGGCUUGGGAUAUACCAUGUCUCGUCUGGAGGUUUGACCAGUGACCUAGCGGAGAAGCUUACUGGCACUGCCAACGAAAAACGUCCGGUGGAGGUGAGCUUGUCUGAUGGUUCAUACCGACAAACCAGGGGAAAAGUGGAACGCCCAGACUCGUCGACACAGGGCACUCGAUUCCUUCUCGCCCCACGAUUACUUGGCAUGGUUGAUGCGGAUCAAAUGAGCAUACACAGUGUACAGAGCGAAGACAGUGACAGUGGAGACAAAUACACAGUACAUGUUCAUAUGAGGGAUCUGAAUGGCAAUACAUGGGAACUUGUGGUCCUUGUUGACACGGGAGCGGACAGAAGUUUCAUAAGCCGCGAAACACUUUCCAAAUUGGGUCCGUUCACAGAGAGACCCAUCCCAGAAUCGAGCAGAACAACAUUCUCGGGCCCAAUUGGAGGCAAUGAGACACAACCUCGCUCGUACAUCAAUGCCAAUCUGGCAUUCCAGCGGAUCGAGUCGGGAAACAUACAAGUCAGACUGAAGAUCGUGGAAGGAACCGACAAAUUCCAGAUCAUAGCUGGUACAGAUGCCAUCAAGGCCUACAAGAAGAAGACUGGGAAAUCUUUGCUGUUAUUGCUUGAGCAUUACGCCGCGUCGACGGAGCAGCCAAUUUCAGCCAUUGGUAGGCAUGGUAUUUUCGCUCUGCGCUCAGACAAGAAGUCCAAGAAACAAGAGGCUAUAGACGAAGCAUACAGAGCGCAGACUACGCAGGAUAAACAAAAUUUCCAGGCUCUGAAGAGCCUGUCAAGUGCAUCGUCAAGCUCAAACAGCCCGAGAAUGGUCGAAACAUCUCGCACUGCGAGGACCAAGGAGCAGACCCAGGAUAGCGCGAGUCCUAACGAUGAUUUCCGCCAGUCCAGUCGCCGCGACUAUGAAGACUUUGACUGGCAAAGCAGGAGAACUGGAAGAACAGAUAGUUCACUCAGCCAGGCUAGCCAGUCUAGCCAGUUCACCCAAUCCACCCAAUUCACCCAGGAUUCCUUGAGCAUGCGGAGCACCACGUCCACCUGGUCGAGCGUGUCAAGUGUAGGGAGUACUGUGCAAGAGCAGAAGCCGUCGAGACCUGCUCCGGCGUUGAUGAGACAAGGAUUGGAGAAGCAUUUCCAUGAAGUUGCUGAUGAUUGUAAGUUGAAUUAA